CCCACCCCAGCGCAAGGCUAAACCCCUCUCUGCAGAGGCACCGCCCCACCCCGCCUCCUCCAACCCCGCGGCUCGGCAGCCCUGCGCUUCGGGCCUGGUGUGCACAGCCUCACCAUGAGCUCUUCUGCAGCUAGCCCGCUCUUCGCGCCCGGCGAGGACUGCGGCCCCGCGUGGCGCGCGGCCCCCGCGGCCUAUGACGCGUCUGACACGCACCUGCAGAUCCUGGGCAAGCCAGUGAUGGAGCGUUGGGAGACCCCCUAUAUGCAUGCGCUGGCGGCGGCUGCUGCCUCCAGAGGGGGCCGGGUCCUGGAAGUGGGCUUCGGUAUGGCCAUUGCAGCCUCCAGGGUGCAGCAGGCCCCCAUAGAGGAACAUUGGAUUAUCGAGUGCAAUGAUGGCGUCUUCCAGCGUCUACAAGACUGGGCCCUGCAGCAGCCACACAAGGUUGUUCCCUUGAAAGGCCUGUGGGAGGAGGUGGCGCCUACACUGUCUGAUGGUCAAUUUGAUGGAAUUCUAUACGACACGUACCCACUGUCUGAAGAGGCCUGGCACACUCACCAGUUCAACUUUAUUAAGAAUCAUGCUUUCCGCUUGCUGAAGCCUGGGGGCAUCCUCACCUACUGCAACCUCACGUCCUGGGGGGAGCUCAUGAAGUCCAAGUACACAGACAUCACCACCAUGUUUGAGGAGACACAGGUGCCUGCACUGCAGGAAGCUGGCUUCCAGAGAGAAAACAUCUGCACAGAGGUGAUGGCGCUGGUGCCCCCGGCUGACUGCCGCUACUAUGCCUUCCCUCAGAUGAUCAUACCCCUGGUCACCAAGCACUGAGCAGCUGGCCCAGGGCCACACGGAGCCUAUGUCCUCCUCAGUGCCUCUGAGGCUGGACUGUGGGCUCCAGCCUCUCCACUACACCUGCAGUGUGACAUCCUAACCUCUGCCUGGCACUGCCGUCUUCCCAGAGCUCAGAAGUCAAAUAAAUGCUAACAGGAAGACUA